AGAGACGAAGCUUGCGGAGGUUUUUGCUCCGGCUUUGCUUUCUUCUUCUCCACUUACGAAGCUGCAGAGGAGAAUAUAAUCCGCGAUUCAAUGUUGAAUUAAUCGAAUUCUGUGAUUAACUUUGCGAUUCAGCAUUUGGGUUCGAAAAUGAUGUCUCCGAGGCCAGUUCCUGAAGAUCGAGGAGGAUCGUCUCCCCAUUUUAGGCAAACACCCUUUCAAAUAAUCCAUAUUAUUGGAAACUUCUUGAGAAUAUGGUCAAUUUACUCCCUGUACCGGUACUUGUCUGAAACGGGAGCUUCGGUUGUACUUUUUCUGUUCACCUGCCUGAUCCCAGCAUCCAUCCUAUUUCUAAUUAUGCAAAAGCCUUGGAAGGGCAGGCCGCUCUCAAAUACACAGGUGGUGCCUUCUGUAAUAAAUGGUGGCAUAACAGCUUUAUACUUUAUUUUGUGGGGAAAAGGCCUCAAAUCAUGUGGACCUCUGAGAGCUAUAUUAGCAGAGUAUUCUGGUGCUGUCCUUGGAGUACUGUCUGGAGUAUUAUAUGGGCGCAGGGGUCACGUUUGGAAAAAGGUAGGUGGGCUUAUUGCAAUGGUGGCAUCUUUCUACUUCUUAUCUCAAGGGUGGGCCAUGGAAACAUAUUCUCCAUUCUCAUUUAAAGAUAGCCUUGAUGAUGAGGUUCAGACGGAGCCAUUGUUAGGUAUAAAAGAGAUGGCCCUUCCAAUCUUUGCUGGCAUCUUAUCAGCAUUGAGGAGGGUGAUCGCACGGCGUGUUUCACUCAAGAAUCAACUUAAAAGGCGACUUAAUGCAAUAACUGUUGCCUCUGCAACAUGUUUCCUGUUCCCUGUGGCCAUGUGGGACAUGAUCAUAGGAUCACCUUCAAGUACCAGCGAUAAGGUGCCAUUCUCUACUUGGGCUUUUUUGAGCACCAUUCUUUUUGGAGUAAUCUUGAUAUUCUAUGUUGAUAGUAUGGCGGAAGAAAGGUUGCACAUGGUUUUCUCUUCUCCAAGGCAUUUAAUGGUAGCUGGAGGAUGCAUUAUCAUUAUGGAGAUUGUGUACAAAAUGGACUUUUCUCUUCCAGGCUUUCUAAUUUGCUGCUUAAUUUUGGGCUUUGGGAUAUAUGAGGCAACUUCUUUGGAACGUGGUAGAAAAGAUUCUUUUCAAACUGCAGAUUCAUCAAAUGGGAUGCUAGGGGACGAAAUUCAGAUGUCGUCACUUCCAACUUGAUUUAUGUUUACGUUUGGAUUACAAGUUGCAAUUGUGUCAGUAGCAAAUUCGUCGGCUGCAAGUAGCUACACAAAUGUUGGUCCACUGGUCAGAUGCUAGAAAACCAUAACCAGGAGGAGGGAAAUAUACGCGUUGCAAAACUUUACACAAACUCUGGAUUGUUGAAAUGGUAGGAAACUCCCAAGAAAUUUGUUGGUCAUCGAUCCUGAUGUGGAAUGUUGGUGGAUCGUGGCAGUAUUGAAUCUGUUGAAUCCAUUACCACUUAGAAAUGUGCCGUACAGUUCUAACCGGUGAUAGUUUACCAUCUGUUGAAGAAAUAUACUUGUACUAACUUUUCAGGAAUUAUACGAGAUCAUUUCUCUCUUAAAAUUCGUUUUUUGGCGUUGGAUUUUCGUCAAAUGGUUGGUGAAGAUUAUAUGUUAUGAUUUGUGUUUGGACUCGCA